AUGGUCCUGGUCCUGGUCCUGAUCCUGAUCCUGGUCCUGAUCCUGGUCCUGGUCCUGGUCCUGGCCCCCCUCGACUCGAGCUUCCCAAAUGAGUGCUUCGCCGCGCCAGCUCAGGUUCUGAGUCAUGGUUUCAUUUCGUCGACGCCGCGAAAAGUCCCCUUACACCCGCUCACCGCGCCGUUUGGAGGAGACUUCCACUUUGGCCACGUUGGAUUUUCGGGAGGCCAAAAAAAAAAAAAAAAAAAACCCGCAACAAUUCUCGAGGGCGCGAGUCCUGAGUGGAUUCUUGCGGUCCGUCUUUCAUCACGACUUGCCCACAGUCUUUCUUUUGAGCCCUGGGCAAAAAAAUGA